GCGGCGGCGGCGGGGCGCGCGCGCGGCGUGUGGGGCUGGCACGCGCGCUGUUGUUAUUGGUGCCGCCGGCCGCGGCGCAGGGAGGAGGGGGAGCGGGCGGGCGCCUCAGUCAGGGAGUUCUUUAAAGAUGGCCGGAGCGGCGGCCGCGACCCCCGUGUACUGCGUGUGCAGGGAGCCCUACGACGUGAGCCGCUUCAUGAUCGAGUGCGACAUCUGCAAGGACUGGUUCCACGGCAGCUGUGUUGGGGUAGAGGAGCACCAUGCUGUUGACAUUGAUCUAUACCAUUGUCCCAACUGUGCAAUUCUCCAUGGACCUUCUCUAAUGAAGAAGAGGAGGAACUGGCACAGACAUGACUACACAGAGUUGGAUGAUGGUUCCAAACCAGUGCAGGCUGGAACACGGACCUUCGUUAAACAGCUGCGGGCUCGCUCUUUCCCAAGUGCUGAUGAAGUAAUUUUGAAAAUGCAUGGAAGCCAGCUGACACAAAGAUACUUGGAGAAACAUGGGUUUGAUGUUCCAAUUAUGGUUCCUAAAUUAGAUGGUCUGGGGCUCAGACUUCCUCCGCCAACUUUCUCCGUUUUAGAUGUGGAACGCUAUGUAGGUGGUGACAAAGUGAUAGAUGUAAUAGAUGUAGCAAGACAAGCAGACAGUAAAAUGAAGCUCCAUAAUUAUAUUAAGUAUUUCACAAAUCCUGACCGACCAAAAGUAUUGAAUGUGAUCAGCCUGGAAUUCUCGGACACAAAGAUGUCUGAAUUAGUGGAAGUACCAGAUAUUGCCAGAAAGCUUUCAUGGGUGGAAAAUUAUUGGCCAGAUGAUUCUGUCUUCCCUAAGCCUUUUGUUCAGAAGUAUUGCUUGAUGGGUGUCCAGGACAGCUAUACUGAUUUUCAUAUCGAUUUUGGAGGAACAUCAGUUUGGUACCAUGUUCUCUGGGGUGAGAAGAUAUUCUAUUUGAUUAAGCCCACUGAUGAAAAUUUGGCUCUGUAUGAGUCUUGGAGCUCAUCUGUCACCCAGAGUGAAGUAUAUUUUGGGGACAAGGUUGACAAAUGUUACAAAUGUGUUGUGAAGCAAGGACACACUUUAUUUGUUCCAACAGGCUGGAUUCAUGCUGUGCUCACGUCUCAGGAUUGUAUGGCUUUUGGAGGGAACUUUUUGCACAACCUCAACAUUGGCAUGCAGCUCAGGUGUUACGAAAUGGAGAAGAGGCUAAAAACCCCGGAUCUUUUCAAAUUUCCUUUCUUUGAAGCCAUCUGUUGGUUUGUGGCCAAAAACUUACUGGAAACAUUGAAAGAACUGAGGGAAGAUGGUUUCCAGCCUCCAAGCUAUUUAGUGCAAGGAGUGAAGGCUUUACUUACUGCUUUAAAAUUAUGGAUGAAAAAAGAACUUGUAACAGAACAUGCCUUUGAAAUUCCAGACAACAUUAGGCCUGGGCAUCUCAUAAAAGAGCUCUCAAAAGUGAUUCGUUCUGUAGAGGAGGAAAACAGCAAACUAGUUAAAACUCAGGGAAUUCUUGGUGUGUGUCCAACUUCACGGUCUUCACAUGAAACAACUUACCCUCACCACUCCAGACGAAGGGUGAGGAAACUGCGAGACCAUGCUACCAAAACUCCUUCUAAUCUGGACAUCCUGGAACUCCACACUAGGGAGGUACUGAAAAGGCUGGAGAUGUCACCGUGGGAGGAGGCAAGUAUUAAUGAUACCACAAGCUCAAAACUGAAUGGGAGAUUUAACAAGCCUCUUCAGCCAUCAUCUACAGUACCUGAAUGGCGAACAAAAGACAAUGAUCUUCGCCUUCUGCUGUCAAAUGGAAGAAUAAUUAGAGAUGAGAGACGCCCAUUUACAGAUCGAAGUCUUUACACAGCAGAUAGUGAAGAUGAAGAUGACAGGACGAGAUCAAAAAAGACGACUGUUAAGGCAGAAGACCAGCCCUCAGGAUUUGAGGGAGAAGGGAAUGCAGAUGCCCAGAAACCACUGAACAUGUUCUUUGAAAGUGUGAAAUCAGAACUCAGGAAUGGAUCCUCAGAGUACUCUGAUAUUUCUGAUUCAGAAGAAUCUGAGCCUGAUUGCACUACACAGCAGAAGGAUUCCUCCACAGAGGAGUCAGAAAGCUCAGGUGAUGAAGAGAAACAGGAAGUAACAUCAAAUUUCAAAGAGGAAUCUAAGGUCACAAGAGACCUCUGUCAAAAUACCCAGAAGCCAUCCAGAAAUGAAACUCCCAGUAAAAAGGAAUGUCCUACCUCGACAAGUACAGAAGAAGAAGCUAUUCAGGGCAUGCUUUCUAUGGCAGGAUUGCACUAUACUACAUGUUUACCAGGUCAUACUCAAAGCACAGACUGCACAGAUAAAAGAACCUCUCUUCAGGAACACAGAAGCUACCCCAGGAGUCGGCAUAAAGACAGACAGCCAUCUCAGAGCCACAAAACAAUAGAAUGUGGUAGGUCUGUGAAGGAAGAGGAAGGAGACUUGGGGACUUCAGCAUGGGCUAGACACCUGAAUGAAGCUUCGAGGAUUACCCCUCAGGAUACAAAUAAAGCUCAAAAAUAUAUCAAGAAAGAGGGUGCAUCAGAAGCUAAUUAUAAGGUUCAGGAAAACAGAAGUAUAGUCCACAACAACAGCUUGAGUUUUCAGCAUGGCAAGUAUACACGAGACUCCAGUCUAAUUCAAGAAUGUCGGCUGAGUGAUGGCAGCCUUAGCCCUGACAGGCUGUAUGGUGAAACAUCCUUGUCUGUACCACUUCAUCCAACAAAGAGGCCAGCUUCAAACCCACCCCCUAUCAGCAACCAGGCGACAAAAGGCAAACGUCCAAAGAAAGGAAUGGCAACUGCUAAACAGCGCCUUGGGAAGAUCUUGAAGCUGAACCGGAAUGGCCAUGCACGCUUCUUUGUUUAAUGUAGCUGCUACUUCUACUACUGCUGUCUUUCCUACACAGACCAGUAUUGAGGUCAACAGAGCCUGGAGCUGCUGUUAUUCCUCUGCUUGAAGCAGACUUGCAUGUACCGUAUAAAACACUGCCUGAUGAACAAAAAUGAGAAAGGAAAAAAAAAACACACAAAAAAAAAAAACCAACCCAAUGCUGCAUUUUCACUGUGCCACACCUGCUCAGCAAUAACCAUACGGGAAUGGGGAAAUCUUCAGAGAGACAUGGACUGUGAGAAAUAGUCUCUCAUCAGGGCUUGAAUAUCAUUUGUUGCUGGUAGUUUCUGAUCUAUUAAUGAGGGGAAGAUGAUGAAGGUGGUUUAUCAAUAAUUUAUUUCUGAUAGAUUUUGACAACUUUUAAAUUCAUUUAAGAAACUAUUUAUUUGGAAGACUUUUUUUGUGGGGUUAUUAAUUUAGAUUUAAGAAUGUGAAAGUUUUUAAUUGUUUUGAUAAUGUAUGUUUGGUGCAGUGGAGAGCCACAUUAAUUGUGAUUAGUCUGGACUCCUAAAUUUGAUAUUCAGGUUGUAGUCUUAAAUAGGGGUGAGAUGCAUUAUUAAUUAUUUUUAAAUUAAGGCAUAUGGAAUCUUAUUUUUUUUUUCCUGCUUUUUGUAAGCUAUUGGCUGGGCUUCUGUUGACUUGCAAGUUGCAUAUUCUCUGCCAGCUUGAUUUUUUUUUUUUUUUUUUUUUUUUUUUUUUUUGACCUGUCCUCUUUUAAUACAGAUUUAUUUAUUUGACGGACUAGAAGAGACUCCUAACGACAGAAGAAUCUUCUUCUGUCAGUCCAGUAGCUAACUUGUGUUAAACUGCACCCCUUUCCUCCAAAUUUGAGUGCGUACUUUUCCUCUGGAUGAUCUGUGAUGAUUUUCUUCUGUAAAAAGGCUCCCUGAAAUUGUAUUUGUACAGGUUAUUUAGGAGUUGGUACAAAGGAG